AAACAUGGUGUUAAAUUCCUUCAUUUCAAGAGUGGUGGUCAUAUGGGCUACUAUAUUUACAUGUUAUUUUGCUAUUAAUAUUUCUGAUAUAAUGGUAGUCGCAUCUGAAUUAGAAAAGGAAGCUCUACUUAACACCAGUUGGUGGGAUACCAGCAACAAUAUUUCAGAUCAUUGCGAAUGGGUUGGUAUCACUUGCAAUUCAGCAGGAAGCAUCACUGAGAUAGAUUUUUUUAGCUCUUAUUACAUAGAACGAGAGCUUAGCCGAUUUAACUUUUCUUGCUUUCCCAACCUCGAAAGCUUCAGUAUGGUACAGAGUUAUCUCUCCGGAAGCAUUCCAUCACAAAUUGGUGCACUUUCAAAGCUCAAAUUCCUAUCUCUAUCCAAUAAUAAUCUUACAGGUAUUAUCCCUCCAAAAAUUGGAAGCUUAAGCAAUCUCAUGAGACUGGACUUGUCAUUAAACAAACUUGGUGGACCAAUCCUUUCAACUAUUGGUCUUUUGACCAAAUUGACCUAUUUGAAUUUGUCUGGUAACAAUUUUACAGGAUCAAUCCAUUCAAUUUUAGGUGAUUUAACUAACUUGGAGCACCUAGAUCUUUCUUCCAACAAACUUGGAGGUUUGUUACCUCCAGAGCUUGGCAAUCUAAAGAAUCUAACUUUUUUAGAUCUGAGUCAUAGCAACCUAAUUGGACCUAUUCCUUCAACUCUAGGACAUUUAAUUCAUCUAACCUUUUUGUAUCUUAGUCAUAAUCAACUCAACCACUCCAUUCCAUAUGAGCUUACUCAGUUAGUCCAUCUUCAUUAUCUCGAUCUUUCCUCAAAUUUCCUUUCUGGUCAUAUAUUGAAUGCAAUUGGAAAACUCUUCAACCCUAGAUAUCUAAACCUCUCUAGAAACAGAUUUGGCGGAAGCGUUCCAUCAGAGAUUAGUAACCUUCAAAGUCUUCAUGUUCUUGAUUUGUCAUAUAACUCACUCACUGGGAACAUACCUUCUCAACUUGGAGAAAUUUAUGUCACCCAAUCCUUAUAUAUAAAUCUUUCGCACAAUAAUCUUUCUGGAACCAUUCCUAAAUCACUCCAUACAGUGUAUUACAUUGACUUGUCAUACAAUAAUUUGGAGGGUGAAAUUCCAAUUGGUUUGCAAUCUCAAGGACAACAACAAUUUAGUGGUAAUAAAGGUUUAUGUGGCCUAGUUGAUAGAGGCUUUUCCGCUUGUCCUAGUCUUACACCUUCUAAACCCCAAAUGAAGGUCUCUCCUAAACCCCAAAAGAAUGUCUCUCCUCUUCUUAUAAUUUUGCUUCCUAUCACCACAUUUCUCACCAUCUUAAUAUUUGGACUCUUGAUUCUCCUUAAAUGUAAGGAUGAAAAAGCUGAACCCGAGACAAGGGCAACCAAGGUUGGAGAUGUGUUUUCAAUUUGGAAUUAUGAUGGUAAAAUUGCAUUUGAAGACAUUAUUGAAGCAACAGAGGACUUUGACAUCAAAUACUGCGUUGGAACUGGGGGUUAUGGUAGUGUUUACAGGGCACAACUACCAAAUGGCAGAGUAGUUGCUUUGAAGAAGCUUCACAAUUUAGAAACUGAGGAGUCAACUUUACUCAACAGUUUCCAAAACGAGGCCCAUGUACUGUCCAAAUUACGACAUCGAAAUAUUAUUAAGCUUUAUGGAUUUUGUUUACAUAAAAAAUGCAUGUUUUUAAUUUAUGAGUACAUGGAGAGGGGAAGCUUGUUUUGUGUUCUACGCAACAAUAAUGAAGCUAUUGAGUUGGAUUGGAGUAAAAGGGUGAACAUAGUUAAGAAUAUGGCACAUGCUUUGUCUUACUUACAUCAUGAUUGCACUCCAUCAAUUGUUCACCGUGACAUAUCAAGCAACAACAUUCUACUAAACUCAAAAUUGGAAGCAUUUGUUGCUGACUUUGGGUUGGCUAGACUUCUAAAUCCUAACUCCUCCAAUAGAACCAUAUUAGCCGGCACUUAUGGAUAUAUAGCACCAGAACUUGCUUAUACCAUGGUUGUGACUGAGAAAUGCGAUGUAUAUGGUUUUGGAGUGGUGGCACUUGAAGCAUUGAUGGGUUGUCAUCCAGGAGAGCUACUUUCAUCAUUAUCAUCUUCUUCUACUCAAAAUAUGAUGCUUAUUGAUCUGUUAGACCCACGCCUUCCAUGUGUUAUGGACACAAUGGUUGUGCAGGAUAUUGCUCUUAUUUCAAGAAUAGCAUUUGCUUGCUUAAGUUCCAAACCAAAGUCACGACCUACAAUGCAUCGUGUGUCUCAAGAAUUUCUUAGCCGCAAGGCACCAUUGGCAAAACCUUUUCAUGAGAUUUCCAUAUCAGAGAUGAGAAACCAAAAUAUUUAUGCAGUUGAUGAAUCUGAGGAUUAGGCGUGGAUGUGUUUCACAGUUCUGUAGUAACAAUCUUGUACCAAGUUCUUUUAUUU